AUGAUACUCUCGUAUUGUGGAAAAAUUGAUUUGGUAAGGAAAUAUUUACCUGAUAACUCGGAAAAUCCUACAACGCUCGAUUUUUAUGAUAAUAAGAAUUUCCUAGAAUACUGCCCUCAAAAAAACUGCAAUUCUGAACUCGAACAAAUUACGAUUGGAUUUUUAUGGUUACUUGGAGAAUGUUAUUCUACAUUAACAGGUAGAGUUUAUAAUGAAAAUAAUACUAAUGCAUUUUUUAUAUAUAUUAUUUCAUGGUUAAGUUACAAAUUAAAUCAAAACAAAGAGGAAAAAUUCGCCACCAUAAACGAUUUUUUUACUGAAUAUGUAAAAAAAAGUGGUAAAUAUAAAAGAUUUAUAAGUGAUGCCUUUAAAUUUGGAAAUUUUGAGGAAUUCAUGAAUGAACGAAAUGAUUUUAUGAAUAUUAAUAUUGAAGAUCUGUCUAAAUUUUAUGAUGCAUCCAAAUUAUUAUGUAAUAUGUAUGGUAACGUUGAAAAAAAUGCAAAUGAUACCACACUGUCAAAUGAUGCGAAAGAUUUUGCUAAAAAAUAUACAGGCCUCAACGAAGGCUAUAAUAUUGAAAGUAGCGCACGUAUCAAAAUAUUGCCUUUUUUAUCAACUGACUAUAAUAAUUUAAAAGAGAAAUGUAAUAAUGUUCAACCUAGAAGUUUUCCACCCCUUCCAGAGAUAGCAACGAGCAUUUCUGCACAAAUGUCUGGAGUUACAUCACCAAGCUUGUCGACAGGAAGCAAAUUAUUUACAGUUUUAUCGAUAUUUGGUGCAAUAGCAUUUUUUUUAGGAAUUUCUUAUAAGUAUUCGUUAUUUGGAUUUCGGAAACGAGCUCAAAAACAAUAUUUAAGAGAAAAAAUAAAAAAAAUAAAGAAGAAAAUGAAUCAUUAA